AUGAGGGAGCCCAAGCUGGAUGUUGAGUUUGGCAAAAUGACUGACGGGAAAUCAGACCAGUUCAUCAGAAAAUGGGAAGCGAGCAUCAUUCCAAAGCUGAAAGCAGUAGCUGCCAAGGAGAAGGGUGUGGUUGCCUCUCUUAUCGAGCAGUUGGAUGACCAGACUGAUGAUGAAAGAUGCUACACAUUUCUCACAGUUCUCACCCAUCUUCUGCCACCGAUGCCAGGAAGUCGCUGCAGUGUUAAAUCUGCGAUAUCUUUUCUUGUUGAUUUUGUGCAGACUGGAACCAACUUUGAAUCCCUCUAUACUGACACUGAGAUGGAAUCAAGGAUCCAACCACGAGUGGUCUGCAUUGGAAGCCUGAAGAGUCCGACACGACAGUACGUCAUCACUGCCAGGAAUGAUCACGUGACCAUUCCCGUUGCUGAUGGCCUGACCUGCGCAAUUGACAAGCUGUUCAAGCUUUACUGGGUGUGUAACUUGGCAUAUCCACCACAGCUCAGCUCUGUUUUCACCUUCUUUGAAUAUGUGUAUGACGUAACCAUCUCAACCAAUAAGCGAGCCAAGGUACUAGAACUUCUCUCAAAGCUUCAAGCUGCUCAGUAA